CUCCCUCACGACCCGACCAGCAGUCACAAUGAAGUUCCUCAAGGUUGGCCGUGUUGCCAUCAUCACCCGUGGCCGUUAUGCCGGAAAGAAGGUCGUGAUCAUCCAGCCCGUCGACACUGGCAACAAGUCGCACCCCUACGGCCACGCCCUGGUCGCCGGUAUUGAGCGCUACCCCUCCAAGAUCACUCGCCGCAUGUCCAAGACCCGCCAGGAGAAGCGCUCCAAGAUCAAGCCCUUCGUCAAGGUCGUCAACUACAACCACCUGAUGCCCACCCGCUACACCCUCGAGCUCGAGGGCCUCAAGGGCGCCCUCACCGCCGACACCUUCAAGGAGGUGUCUCAGCGUGAGGAGGCCAAGAAGACUGUCAAGAAGACCCUGGAGGAGCGAUACACGAGCGGCAAGAACCGCUGGUUCUUCACCCCUCUGAGAUUCUAAGCACGUUUCUUCCUUGAUUUCGGUUGGGCGGGGGCGAACUGGUCUGGAUGUAUACAGCAUCACAAUACAAAAAAGAACAAUCGACGGCAUCGAAAGAAAAAGCUGCUGCUCUUACGACUCCCCCGAUUGAUCGUGACCGAAACAAUCGGGUAAGCGGUCGACAACCUCAUCUUUGGCGUUCUUCUAUCGGGCAGGCAAUUGCGUGAGGGGACCUCAAAUACCACAUUACGGGAAGACAAAUGUGCUCUGGGAUUCGGAGAAGGGAUGCCGUGCUAGCUAGGAAAUCCCCGUAGUGGACAGAGAAUACGACUACGGCUCCCCUGGCUGCCGCUUCAUGAAACAAAAUUUUAGUUGGUCUCCAUG